AUGUUACAACAAGAAAAUAUUGAUGGCAAAAUAAGUAUUGUAUAUAAAUAUUGUACUUAUAAUUCAGUUUUUAAAAAAACAUUAGUGUAUCAAUGUAAUGGAAAACAGUUUCAAACUGAAGAAGGAGCGUACAAUUAUUUGAGAUUAUUGAGUGGAAAAGUGAUUCCAAAAUAUCCUAUAGAAAAAGCUAUUCCCAUGGAAUCUUUUAAUAUAAAGAAUUAUUUAGGAUCAAAUUUACAAGGCUAUAUAAUUUGGCAACGUAUAUGGAAACAUUGUAAUUUUAAAUGCUAUUCUCUUGAUCAUUUUAGUAUUUUUAAACAAAAAGUUGUUGAAGAAAUAAAUUUUUUAAGAAAAUUUCACAAAUCUGAACCUCUAAAAGAAAAUUUAAAACUAACAAAAUUAGCUCAAAAACAUGCUGAAAAAAUAGCUUAUGUUGGUAAACUUUUUUCAUCAUCAUCAUGGUUUAAUCCUUAUGGUGAGACAAUAGGAGCUACUUUUUAUUUGGCAGGAAGUACUAUAGUAAAUAGGUGGUAUGAAGAAAGUAAAUACUAUGAUUACAAAAAAUAUAGAUCUUUAAAAGAUUUAGAUUCAUUUACACAAUUAGUUUGGUUGAGCACAAAAUAUAUUGGUGUUGGUGUUGUUAAAAAAGGACCAGUAUUAUAUCUGGUUUGUAAAUUUUAUCCAAAAGGUAACAUUAGGAACAAAUUUCAUAAGAAUGUUCUUCUUCCUCAAAAAUUUAGAUUUACUUUAAAUAAAUAUUAUUAA